UGAGGGUGGAUAUAAAUGUGCGCUGGGGCCCGCCCGCCCGUUUAGUUGCUGCUUACGAGUCCUUCCCGCGAGGGUGCUACGCGGCGGCCUUGCGGCUCUUGGCUGAUCCACGAGGAUUGUAGCUGCCGAAAGCCAGAGAGAAGCCGCGUUUCCUGAGAGCGAGGGCCUGUCCGGGGCGUUGGGGUCUCGGCGCCGCUUCGCAGCCAUGAGCUACGGCCGCCCGCCUCCCGAUGUGGAGGGCAUGACCUCCCUCAAGGUGGACAACCUGACCUACCGCACCUCACCCGACACCCUGAGGCGCGUCUUCGAGAAGUACGGGCGCGUCGGCGACGUGUACAUCCCGCGGGACCGCUACACCAAGGAGUCCCGUGGCUUCGCUUUCGUCCGGUUCCACGACAAGCGUGACGCCGAAGACGCCAUGGACGCCAUGGAUGGGGCCGUGCUCGAUGGCCGCGAGCUGCGGGUGCAGAUGGCGCGCUACGGCCGUCCUCCCGACUCGCACCACAGCCGCCGGGGACCGCCACCCCGUAGGUACGGCGGCGGCGGCUACGGGCGACGGAGCCGCAGUCCUCGGCGCCGCCGGCGCAGCCGAUCCCGGAGCCGGAGCCGUUCCAGGUCCCGAAGCCGCUCUCGCUACAGCCGCUCCAAGUCUCGGUCCCGCACUCGUUCUCGCUCGAGGUCGACCUCCAAGUCCAGAUCUGCCCGAAGAUCCAAGUCCAAGUCCUCGUCGGUCUCCAGAUCCCGCUCGAGGUCCAGGUCCAGGUCGCGAUCCAGAAGUCCUCCGCCUGUGUCGAAGAGAGAGUCCAAGUCUAGGUCGCGGUCCAAGAGCCCACCCAAGUCUCCAGAAGAAGAGGGAGCGGUUUCAUCUUAAGAGAAUGGUAAUGUCUGCGGGGAUCUGAGACACGCCCUAACUCCCGAGGGGUAUGGUGUAGGUUUUUUGAGUCGUGUUAGCAUAAAAGAGACUCCUGAUGUUAAGAGUGCUACUACUCUGAAGUUAUUCGGCUUUGGGAGUGAUGCUGAAGAGGGGUCUGCAGAGAGGAUUGUGUAAAGCUUAGAUAGUAAUGGCUGUUUCAUUCUGUUUGAGACCUAUUAAUGAAAAUGACUAUUUCUUGCUGUUUUUAUCCAACGUCUGCAUUUUCCCCCUUUAAAGCUGCGGUCUCCUGUUUGAUAAAAGAAUAUUGGCCAGUAUUGCAGAUUUUAACUGAUUUGGCUGAUCCUCCAGGGACCAGUUUCUGUGGGCGUGUAUUGGAGCAGGUUUGUCUUUAAAUGUUAAAGAUGCACUAUCCUCAUAGAGAAAAGCAAUCAGUGCAACUGCUGUUGUGCUGCCUGGGACUUCUUACUCUAGUGGAUGAGGCAAAGGAAUUGCAAUUAAGGAGCAAUGAACUUUUGGAACCCCAAAAGAAAGUUACAGGUAUUGAUCCGCACUGGGUGGGGAAAGGAUAGUGUGUCUUUAACUCUAAAAUUGUUUGGUCCUAUUUUUCUUUUUAAAGGAAAGGGCCCUAAGUAGCUGAUUAAGAACAUCCUCAACUGCCAAAUGUUCCAUUCUCAAACAUCUCAAAGGGUAGACUAAUUCUGAGAGCAAGUUUUUGUUUGGAUACAGCCCCACCCUACCCUCUCCCCCCCCCCCUUUUUUUUUUUUCUUUUAAACCAACCCUCCCUUGCCUUUUUUUUUUUUUCUUUUUUCUUUUUGCCUUGGUUAUUUGGCCAAGAAUCACACAUAUCUGAACGUGCUGGUGGUACCCUUUGGAAAAACUCCCAUUUGGGCCUUUUAAAACUGAUAAUGGCCAGGUGGAACCUUCUGUAACCCACUUGUUUCACCAGAGCCUUAGUAAGUACAUGCCUGAUACUGAAACCAAAACCAUGCGCACUUUGGUGCCUUUGUAGUAGUGGAAAGUAACUGAACCUCUUUCUUUUCAAACCUAGAUGGAUCGGCAAGCCGCUUAACAGAGGACUUUGGGGGAAAGGACCACAAACUCAGUCCAUCGGUCCGUGGAAGAGUCCUUGGAACAAGCAACUGGCUAUUAAAAAGGUUAUUUUGUAACAUUUGUCUAACUUUUUACUUGUUUUAAUCUGCCUCAGGUGGCAAACUUCAUUUUAUGUGCCAUUUUGUUGCUGUUAUUCAAAUUUCUUGUAAUUUAGUGAGGUGAGCGACUUCAGAUUUCAUUAUUGGAUUGGAUAUUUGAGGUAAAAUUUCAUUUUUGUUUAUAGUGCUGACUUUUUUUGUUUGAAAUUAAACAGAUUGGUAACCUAAUUUGUGGCCUCCUGACUUAAUAAAGAAACGUGUGCAGCCAUUACAUACAGCCUAAAGCUGUCAGCAGAUUGACUCAACAUUGCCUUCACUCCUUAAAAAUUAGAAACCUAUGAAAGUUGGUGUAAUUUGCUCAUAUAUGUUAUUUACCUUCAGGUCUAAAUGAUAAUCUGAACCCAAAUUUGUAUAAAGACUUUUCAGGUGAAAAGACUUAUUUUUUUUUUAAAGGAUUGUUUACCCGACACAAUUCUAAUCUCUUCUCUUAUGUAUUUUUGUGCACUAGGCGCAGUUGUGUAGCAGUUGAGUAAUGCUGGUUAGCUGUUAAGGUGGCGUGUUGCAGUGCAGAGUGCUUGGCUGUUUCCUGUUUUCUCCUGAUUGCUCCUGUGUAAAGAUGCCUUGUCGUGCAGAAACAAAUGGCUGUCCAGUUUAUUAAAAUGCCUGACAACUGCACUUCCAGUCACCCGGGCCUUGCAUAUAAAUAAUGGAGCAUACAGUGAGCACAUCUAGCUGAUGAUAAAUACACCCCCCUUCCCUCAAAAAAAAAAAGCGCAAAAUGGUAAAUCUGAUACUUGUGUUGUGAACUUAAAAAAAAAACAGAAAAUGUUAAGGAAGCAAAUGGUUUGUAACUUUGUAAGUACUUAAAACAUGGUGUAUCUUUUGCUUAUGAAUAUUCUGUACUAUAACCAUUGUUUCUGUAGUUUGAUUAAAGUGUUUUCUUGGUGUUA